AUGCAAGACACUGAUGCCAGGGGGAGCUCCCCUGCUUUCCUCCGGCCUCAGAACGGGAGCAGUCACAGGUCUUCGGGAUACGUCCCGGGGAGAAUUGCCCCUCUCCGUCCCCCGCCGCCUUCGCAGAGCCAUGCUGCAGCCGAAUUUACCUCUGCGAGACAAGAAGCCCGGACAAGACUCCCGUCCUUACCAGUGGAUCAGCACCGCCGCCAGGCAGAAGCCAACAGGCAUAAAAAUACUCUCAUUUGCUUUGCCAUUUCUAGCCUUUCACUUUUUGUUGCACUGGGGAUUUUUUUGGGAAUAGCUUCAAAAUAUGCUCCAGAUGAGAAUUGUCCUGAUCAGAAUCCUCGUCUUAAAAACUGGAGCCCUGGAAAAGAUCCAGAAAAGAGAGUUUUUAUCAAAAAAGGGGAUUUGUUUCGUCUGAACUCAGAUGCUACAGUACACUCUAUAGUUAUACAGGAUGGAGGGUUACUUGUUUUUGGUGAUGAUAAAGAAGGUUCUAAAAAUAUUACCUUGAGAACUCGAUUUAUCCUGAUAAAGGAUGGUGGAAUGCUUCAUGUUGGAGCAGAGAAAUGCCGCUAUAAAUCCAAAGCAACUAUUAUUUUGUAUGGGAAGUCAAACGAAAGUGCUGAUGUGCCAGAAUUUGGCAAAAAAUUUAUUGGUGUGGGCCCUGAAGGAACGCUGGAGUUGCACGGGCACCAGAAGUUAUCAUGGACUCUUCUGUCAAAGACUAUGUAUUUCUCAGGGCUGGCCUAUGGUCAUUAUACAUUUAAAAAGAAUUUUUCCCGAGGACUAAAUGUGAGAGUGAUCGAUCAGGACACAGCAGAGAUUUUGGAAGUGCUGAAGUUUGAUACUCAUGAAUUCUCAGAAGAAAGCUUGAAGCUCCAGAACUUACUGAAAAAUGGAAGUCCUGGUCGCAUUGUUGCUAUUGCUGUAGGAGAUUCAGCUGCUAAAAAUCUACUGGAGGAAACCAGAGUGACUAUUCAAAAUCUUCUGGGAAGUAAGUUUGUCAGAGGAUUGAGUUACAGACAAGCCUGGGCUUUUGUUGGUGUCAUAGGUGGUGGAAAUUCUUCCUGCAAUGAAUCAGUGAGAAACUAUGAAAAUCACAGCACUGGUGGGAAAGCUCUUGCUCAGAAAGAGUUUUUCACAGUGGAUGGUCAGAAGUUUGUUGUGAGAGCUUAUAGCGAAUGGAAUGAUGGUGUCCCAAUUUCAGGCUUCCAGGUAGAAGCUGUAGGUGGAGUGAUACUGAAUCUUCUGGAUGAUGUUAGUAGUUGGGAGCCUGGAGACCGGAUUGUGGUCGCAAGCACAGACUAUUCAAUGUAUCAGACAGAGGAAUUCACCCUCCUUCCCUGCCCAGAGUGUAUGACGCAUCAAGUCAAAGUCAAAGAAAAUCCUCAGUUUCCUCAUGUAGGAGAAGUUAUUGAUGGAGUGGACAUGAGGGCAGAAGUUGGAGUUCUUACAAGGAACAUCUUAAUCAAGGGGGAGACAGAAGAUACCUGCUAUCGUGAAAAGGAGUGUCAGUUCUUCAAUUACGAUACAUUUGGUGGACAUAUCAAGAUUUUGAAGAAUUUUACAUCUGUUCAUCUCUCUUAUGUGGAAUUGAAGCAAAUGGGCCAGCAGCAGAUUGGAAGUUAUCCCGUUCACUUUCAUCUUUGUGGGGAUGUGGAUGAAAAAGGAGGUUAUAGUUUUAAGACUUACCUGGAAGGUCUUUCCAUUCAUCACUGUUUCUCCAGAUGUGUGACUGUUCAUGCAACUAAUGGCUUGCUGAUAAAGGACACCAUUGGCUAUGACACACUAGGUCACUGUUUCUUCACAGAAGAUGGCAUUGAGCAGAGGAAUACUUUGUUUCACAACCUUGGGCUAGUCACGAAACCAGGCACUCUUCUUCCUACAGAUAGAAACAGCAGCAUGUGUGUUGGUAUUAGGGAUAAAGUGUAUGGAAAUUAUGUCCCAGUGCCAGCCACAGACUGCAUGGCAGUUUCGACAUUCUGGAUUUCUCAUCCCAACAAUCAUCUUAUAAAUAAUGCAGCAGCAGGUUCACAGGAUGCUGGAAUAUGGUAUUUGUUCCACAGGGUUGCUACAGGAGAUUCUCAUAGUUUAGCCAUUGAAACCAAGUCAGAGCUUACACCCCUAGGAAUCUUCUAUAACAACAGGGUUCACUCUAAUUUUAAGGCUGGUUUGUUCAUUGAUAAGGGUGUUAAAACAACUAAUGCUAGCGUUGAUGAUCCCAGAGAAUAUCUUUGUUUGGACAACAAUGCAAGGUUUCGACCUCAUCAAGAUGCAGACCCUGAAAAGCCCCGAGUUGCUGCCCUGAUUGACAGAUUAAUCUCUUUCAAAAACAAUGAUCAUGGAGCCUGGGUCAGGGGAGGGGAUAUCCUCAUUCAAAACUCUGGGUUUGCAGACAAUGGAAUAGGUUUGACAUUUGCUAGUGAUGGGAGCUUCCCAAAUGAUGAAGGUGCCAGCCAGGAGGUAUCUGAGUCGCUGUUCAUAGGUGAGAGCAAGAAUUAUGGGUUUCCAGGCGGCCAAAAUAAGUAUGCAGGAACUGGAGGAAUAGACAACAAGGCACGCACUCUGCCUAGAAAUCGGACAUUUCCAAUCAGAGGCUUUCAAAUUUAUGAUGGACCUAUUCACCUUACCAAGUGCACAUUCAAAAAUUUUGUGCCAACUCCAGACAGAUUUACCAGUGCAGUUGGAUUCUUGAUGAAAAAUCCAUGGCAGAUGACACCAAAAAACAACAUUUCUCUUGUGAAGUUUGGUCCGAAUGUUUCUUUGAAAGCCUUCUUUGGAAAACCUGGUCCCUGGUUUGAAGAAGGAGAUCUGGAUGGUGACAAGAACUCAAUAUUCCAUGAUCUAGAUGGUUCAGUGACUGACUACAUGGAUACCUAUGUGGGCAGAAUGGAUAACUACUUGAUUCAACACCCCAAAUGCAUUAAUAUUACAGAAUGGAGUGGAGUGGUUUGCAGUGGGACCUAUGCACAGGUUUAUGUCCAAACCUGGAAUGGACAGAAUCUUUCCAUGACUAUCGUACGAGAUGAGUACCCAGCCAAUCCCAUGGUUCUUCGAGGUAUUAAUCAGAGAGCUGUCUUUCAACAAUACCAACCAGUAGUGAUGCUCCAAAAGGGCUACACAAUACAUUGGAAUGGAAAAGCUCCAAACGUCACCUAUCUUUAUCUCAUUAACUUCAACAAGAAUGACUGGAUCCGUGUUGGUCUUUGUUAUCAACCAAAUACAGAUUUUGUUAUAGUAUUGGAAACCUUUCAAAGGCGGUCAUCUGCUCUGUCAAGCAAGGUAGAGCGCUACAUGCCUGUAUCUUCAAUGAUGGAGCUCGAAAAGAAUCAAUCAGACAAGAAGUUUUACUUUGACAACAGUACUGGAUUACUGUUUUUAUUUCUUCAAGCCAAAUAUAAUAGGGAUGGUCACAGUUAUUGCUCAUCUCAGGGAUGUGAAAGGAUCAAGAUUGUGACCAAAGACUCAACAAAAGGGAUCAGUAACUGCAUGGCAAAAGCUUACCCAAAGUACUACCAAGGACCAACCGUCAUAAAGCGGAUGCCAGUAAAAACUACUGUACCAUGUACAAAAUGCGGCACAACUCAGAUGGUAUUCACCAGUGAUCCUCACAAAAACUACCUCCUUGUGCAGAUUAAUUCAUCUGGUAAAAAAGAGUUAAGCAGAGGUCAGCAAGCAUUUAUUUCUGUCAAUGACACUAUGUUUUCCUUCAAGGAUAAUGGUAUACUUAUUGUUGUAGUUGAUGCCUGCAUUGGCACAGUGUCGGGAAACAAAAUAUUUUCUGGAUUAGACAUUAAGCGUGUAGGUGGAUAUUUAAAAUCUGGAAUUCCACAAAGGUCUAUCGUUCUACUGAGCACAAGAGGUGAUGUAGCAAUUCCUAAUAAUUUAUCAGAAGCCUUAAUGUCCCUGGGGACAGCCAAACCGCCUUAUCUUCAGAGCAACGGAAGCCUGGCCUUUCUGGGCUUCAGAGGAAACUUUAAGCCAUCCUGGAUUAAGCUGUUUACCGGUCCUGCUGGGCAUGGGCUCGUUCAGAUAGAAAAGUAUAUCCCUUUACAACUGGAAGAGUAUGGCUGUGCCAGAGCAAUCAAAAGCCGACGGAAAGACCUCGAGCUUCUGAAGAAGGCUACACGAUCUCAUUAAAGACUAAGAUGUACAUAAAAGCUGGGGAAAAAAAAUGUGAACUAACUUAUUUUUUAAUUUAUGGCAUUUUAAACUAUAUUGUUAUCCAAGAAAAUCAUGUUAUUGUCUGACAGAUGUUUGCCAGCAUUGACCGCUUGAAUGCCAAUCUGUGCACCUUCUAGUUGUACAAAAUAUUAAAGAAUUUAUUAGUAUUUGUAUAAACAGGUUUCAGAGAUUUUUUCAGAUGUUUGUAUUUACUGUAAACAAGUUCCUUCUGUUUAAUACUCCUUUUGUAUGUAAGAGGGUGUUCAUAAAAGCCUUUAAUUUUUGAUAACAGGUGUUGGAGUGCAUCUUGGACUACUUGAAAGAUUAACGUUAAAGUCUCCAUAAACAGCUUGAAUUGGUCAUUAUAACUUACACAUUUUCCCUCAGCUGUUUAGGUGUUUUCCUGAGGGUUUAUUUAGCAAUCAGCUCAGUUACAUUCUCAAUCUGCUUUCCAAGGUGUUAAAAACCAGUUUCCCUCAUGUGUGCAGCUGACUCAAUGGGGUUUAACUGCAGUAAAAUUUUUGCUUUGCUGUAUAAAAGACAGAGAGGGGGGAUUCAAAGAUUCAGCCUGGGGCUGGGUGAGGAUUGUGUACCAUGCAACAGAAUUUAACG